AUGUCAAACUAUGACACAGAACUUAAAGACUUCCCAAGCACCGUCUCUUUAAAAGGGAAACUCGUCGUAAUAACAGGCGGCUCCCGCGGUCUAGGUCUCCACGCCGCAUCUGGGUAUCUACCCCUUCCCCCCCUUUUCCCCUUCCCCCUAACACCCCCCAGCAUCCUCCAAGCAGGCGCCCAAAAAGUCUUCAAAACCUCCCGCAAGGCUCUCGCCUGNCCCCUUCCCCCCCUUUUCCCCUUCCCCCUAACACCCCCCAGCAUCCUCCAAGCAGGCGCCCAAAAAGUCUUCAAAACCUCCCGCAAGGCUCUCGCCUGUGCUCAAGCCGUCUCGCUCCUCAAUAAUCUUCCUAACCUCGCACCAGGCGCCAAAGCCAUCGCUGUCCCCGCGGAUAUCUCGACUAUCGCUAGGAUUCAGGGGUUGGUGAAACAAGUGGGGGAGCUGACGGAAUAUGUUGAUGUCCUUGUGGCGAAUGCGGGGGCUAGUUGGGGGGAACGGUUUGAAGAUCAUAGUGAUGGGGCGUUUGGGAAGGUGAUGGAUUUGAAUGUGAGGGGGGUUUUUGGGUGUCUUCGGUUGUGAGUUUGUGCUCUUUAUAAUUUGUUUUUUCGAAGAGGGAGGGGGAGGAGGAGGGGUUGAAGGUGUUGUUUUGUUUUCAGCAAAUGGGGGAGGGGGAGAAGAUGGGGUUGAGGUUGUGGUUGUGGUUGUGGUAUUGAGAUUCUCGCUUGUACCCCCCUCAAUGACCUUCAGGGGGUGAGAUGAAGGAGGAGUUGAGGCGAGAUUUUCUCAGAGGCACAGUACCGUCGACUUGAUGUGGAUUUUUGAUCUGAUGAGGACGUCCUUCUAUCGCUUUUUGACUUGUCACAUCUUCGUGGAUUCAAAAAGAGAGAGAAAAGAUGAGGAGGAAGACGAUGGAGAAGAAGGAAAAGAAAGACUUGAGGAAGAAUGAACACAAGACUUACGAAAACACAGAUUCGCACCUCUCCUCCAAAAACGCGGUACUAUUGCAGAUCCCUCCCGAGUAAUCAUCACAGCCUCCGUUGCAGGCCUAGCAAUCGGUAUCCUCCCUUCCCCUCCCUCUCCCCUCUCUUUCUAAACCCUAACACCCCAAGGCACCCUAGGACCACACGCAACAUACGCCUACUCCGCCUCAAAGGCCGCCGCCAUCCACCUCUCCAAGAACCUCGCCGUCGAGCUCGGGCCCCGCCACAUCCUCGUCAACGCCAUCGCACCGGGUCUCUUCCCCACCAAGAUGGCAAACGGCCUCAUCGACCUCUGCGGCGGGCUCGAAGAGACGGCGAAGAGGAAUCCGAGUGGACGCAAUGGUGUCCCGGAGGAUAUUGCGGGCCUUGUCGUGUUUUUGAGUAGCAGGGCGGGGAGUCAUGCUAAUGGGGCGGUGGUUACGGUUGAUGGGGGCGAGUAUCUUAUUAGUGGGAGUUUGGGGGGGAUGUUUGGUGCGGGGAAAGGGGAGAGUAAGAUUUAA